CGGGAGAUAACACGGCAAUCGAUUCUGCGGAUUUGCAGCAGUAGGGAGGCUUGUUGUCGCUUUUCGAGGUUGACAUCGGGCAACUUUGUGAAAACGAAUCGAGUAGCAAUCGCGAUGGCGUUCAACACAACAUUACCAUCUCAGAUGAGAGCGGCGUAUAUCGCAGAGUAUAACAAACCGUACGCUUUGGGGGAGCGUCCACUGCCGCCCAUCAGAGACACAGACAUCCUCGUGCGCGUCCACGCCGCUGGGUUCUGCCACUCAGACCUUCAAGCCUUGCAAGGCGAAUUCGAGAAGCCAGCACCAAUCGGUCUCAUCCCAUCUCAUGAAAUCGCUGGCGUCGUUGCCAAACUCGGUAGCAGCUACGAAGGAGAUCUCAAAGUCGGCGAUCGUGUCGGCGUCCUCAACUUCAAGCAUGCAUGUGGUUCAUGCGUUGGAUGUCGCUUGACGCAAAGAAGAGGCGAAGACCUUGAUCCGAGAUUCUGUGACAAUCGCGAAACAGCUGGCUUUUUGCACGACGGAGGCUUUGCCGAGUAUGCAUCAGCUGAUCCGGAGACGACGGUCAAACUUCCGGACUCGAUAUCAUUUGAACAAGCUGCUCCGCUCACCUGCGCGGGAGCAACAGUAUGGGGAAGUCUUGAGGGCGCCACAGCGGGAGUGGGCAAGGGAGAGACAGUGGCGAUCGUGGGUAUCGGUGGACUUGGGCAUCUCGGUGUGCAGUUCGCAAAGGCGCUCGGAUUCAAAGUGGUUGCGGUGGAUAGCAGAGAAGCUGGUCGACAAUUAGCAUCAGACGUGGAGAACUCAGCACUGAAGCCUGACCUUAUUGUAGACUCUUCCGACACCACAGCGGCAUCAAAGACCAUCUGUGACUUCACCAAUGGCGAGGGCGUCGCAGCCGCGGUUGUUUGCACGCCUUCGCUCGAAGCGAAUCGGUGGGCGCUCGGUAUUCUGAGGAUGAAGGGCACGCUGGGAAUACUGGGUCUUCCCCAAAACCCAUGGCAGUUCGACGCGGCGCCUAUAGUGUUUCGGGAGUUGACGAUCAAAGGAAGUUACGUGGCGGGGAGAGCUGCGACGGAGAGGAUGAUGAAGGUCGUGGAGGAGGCGGGCGUCAGAUCGCAUUUGACUGUGUUACCGUUCGAG